AUGGAGGCUGGGACCCUCCAAGCUAGUGUUGGAGAACAGGUGCCCCAGACAGACGACCAUGGUGGACCAAGGCUGCCAGCACUGGUGGACUGCACCAAGAAGAGCCCCCUGAAGAACUUUGUGCCGAAGCCCCCACAAGGCCCCAGGCUGAGCAAUCAGGCAAUGAUGGCCAAGGUUGAAAAGAACGCCAGAGAGGCCAUUGAGCCCAGAAGGGCUAGGGAGGCCAAUGCAGAGGCAAAAAAAACAAGCCGCCAAGUCAUUGGUGUGUUGGCGCUGCCUCCACCUCUUCUAUCUCCGACAACCAGUUACAGUGUCCUGCCAGCUAUCAAGAAGGGCACUAAAGUGACGAAGGUGGAGACAACAGAGCCACCAGACCCCCUGACACCUGAGGAUGAGGUGAGAAUGAACUCCUCUCCAUCUGUUGAUGACCCCCUGACCCCAGAAACCCCAGAGACUGAUGUCACCUCCGAUGCCACUUCUCUGGUGGACCCACCCCGUGAAAUGACACCUGAGAAUGUAGAGGAGGCGUUCUCUCUGGAGGACAUCCUGAAGUGUCACCCUCAGCGGAAGCUCAUCAGGAAGUUCCUCAAACAAAAGAAUGUGACCAUAAAAGACCUGGAGGACAUGUCCUAUGUGGUCCUCCUGCCAGCGAUGGCUCUGCUCAGGAGCUACAGUCCAGAGUCAUCCCACUCCUCCUGCCAAGGGUCAGGGGUGCUGAACAUCGUCUCGGAGAUGUUCCACUGGCGGAGCUCUGAGCCGAAGGGGAGGCUCUGGGGCGGGCAGCCCCCCACGUCCAAUUCUGAGACAGACAAGGAGCUUCAGGGUAUAGCAGACAUGGCUGUGAGUAACAUCCUGAGGAAUGCCCAGGACGACUUCUUCUCCUCUGGUGUGAAUGACUUGGAGACGAUCAAUCCAAACAUCACUCUGACCAAAGAGAGGCUCUCCAGCAUCUUCUCAGAGCUGUUCAGGGAUGCCUGUGAGAGUGCCCAGGAGGCUGCCAGACGGAUCCACCACAUGAGGUCUGGAAGAGGCAACAACAGCCGGAAUGGGAGUCGGCCUGGGUCGUCACAGGGAUCGAGCAGAUCCAACAUGCCAGAGUUGCCGUUAAACCUCUGUCAGCUGGCAGAGUGUGUGGAUGCUCAGCCACUAUAUCUGGAACAUCCAAGUGUGUCCUGCUCCAACAGAAGUGGCCUGCACCCCCUUCCAGAGCAGGGCUGGAUGGAGGAGCAUAUUGGCUCAGCCCUAGGUCAGUUGUCCACCAUUGAGGCAGACAUGGGCGAGUUAGAAAACUUCACCAGACCUCUGCCACUGGAAAAUGGAGACGACAGCUCAUCCAACAUGUUGUCAGGGCCAUCCACUGCCUCAUAUCCAUCCACCUGCCUGUCUUCUCCAGAUGUGACCUCAGAGGGAAGGGCCCACUACCCCAUUAUGGCCCUGGAAACCCUCCAGGAGGGGGAGGACAACAGCUGGAGUCGCUCUGGGUCAUCACAGAGAUCAAGACGGUUCAACCUCUGUCAUCAGGCAGAGGAGCUGGAGAGGGUUUACCUCCAGAGAGACACACUCCACUCCAGCGUCAGUGUGGGAGAACUGGGGUCAGUGAGGUGGGCCAAGGGAAGGGAUGUCCAUAAAGCCCUCAGCGAGGGGUCCUUCCCUGUCUUUGCUCUGCUCAGGGAGAGGCCAGGGGAGAUUUGGCCGAGCACUUGGGACAUGGAGCACAACCAGCCUCCCAGCACUCCCACAUCCAGCAAGGAGGAUUUGUGGGACAGCGACUCCACCUGGUCUCAUGGGGUUGGGGAGGAGGAGGGGGCAGAGCCUCGUGUGAGGUUGGCAGCUAUGUCGGAGGGGGGCAGCUCCCAGAUCCUGACCUCCCAGACCUCCACCUCACUCUCCAAUCAUGACAAGAGGGCACUAGAGGCCAUCUGCCAGGUCCUGACUGCCUGGAUGGAACAGAUGCUGAACCGGACCUGCAACGACGUUUACAGUGCCAGUGUCAUCAUCCAGAAAGGAUUGGAUUCUGGUGCCAGGGACAGUUUCCCUGACACUCCGUGUCCUUCUUCAUCAGAGGAAGAAGAUGAGGUGGUCGCGAGUGUCGUGACUUUCUUACACUCGGAGCCCUCCACCUCAACCAAGGCAGCUCCUGCAAAGACCCUGGCGGUCAACCCCUGUCUGGAUGAAGAUGAGGUAGUCCCCAGCACCUCCAUGAUUGAGGGCUCCCUAACGACCACUCAGGCAGCAUGGGCAGCUUCUGCACAGAUCUUGGAAGAAGAGGUUGGGGGAGCUGAUGUCUCUGAGGUGAGUAUCGGCUCCCUGACCCCCACCGAGGCCAGGCAGGACCUCCUGGAGAAGAUUCCCUCUCUCCUGCCGGGUGAGAUCCUCAUCGAAGAGGACAUCCCCCUUCUCAGCACUCCCAGGGACACCGUUAUGAGCCCCCAGACCCUGAAGCUCAUCCUCCAGGGCAUCAUGCGCCGACUGGAGGCCUCAGAGUCCCCCCAGGCUAGGAGGGCCAACGACCCCUUCAGGCUGAUGAAGGAUCUCUUUCUGGAGGUCCAGCAUGCCCUUAAGUAUGCUGACAUCUCUGUCCUCUUCAGCCUGGAGGAGAGCAUUCAAUUCAGGGGGGAAGAUGCAAUGAAGGCCAUCGUUAAGGCUGCGGCUAAAAGGUUGUCCCUGCGCUCGGACUCCAACCGGGCUCAACUGCGCGCCGUACGCUAUGGUGGCGAGAGAGCCAUCUAUUGCAUGGCAGACACCAUCGCAAAUGUCAUAGACGACCACGCCCAGGACUGGAGUUCUGACGGCCAUUUUGGAGCAAGUAGGAGCCGUGGUAGGGGGAGGUCACGCUCCUCCUCAAGCUCCUCAAAGUGUGACAUCACCCUCGCAGAGGAACUCUUGGCCCAGGGGGAAAGCCUGGAAGAGGACCAAGAGGAUGUGGCUGCGAUCGACGACAACAAGAAAUGUGACUCUGCUAGCUUGGAGAAGGCCAGCAGCAGCUCCCUCUCCAUAGACCUUGUGGACAGCACCUCCACACAGACAGGGAAGGACAAGGCAGUGAAGGAAGGAGUGGGGAAGUCAGGAGAUUGGAAGCGUGGUUGCAAGAAGACCCUGAAGAAGAACAAGAUGGCUCCCCUUGGCACUGAUGAUACUGUGGCUGAUGAGCCAGGAAAAAACCAGUGUCUCCUCCUGCGGAUUACAGCUGCCCUGGCAAAUUUAUUUUGCUUCCCCUGCAAAAAGAGAAGUGGUAAAAAGUUCAAGCCAUGAUGAAUCCCCCCAUAGCCCAGCCCAGA